AUCGUAAACAAGGCAAGGAUGAGAUAAGUGAAGGAGAUUGUUACCAAAUAAAGUACGCACGUUUAAAGUUUCCGUUUUUGCUGCUCUCCGAUUUGGAACAGCGAUUGAUAAGCACGUCACAGCCUGUAGAGCACGAUAACGUACACAGUGUACAGAAGACCACAUGUCCAUGAUCAAAACAAUUUCACAAUAGCGUGCAAGGGAUGGACCUCGAAGCAGCAACGAAGGAAUACCAGGAUGCGAUAUCGAAAGUAAAAUUGGUCGAACGCAACCCGGCUCCUAAUGGAACAGAGAUAGUAAGCAUGUACCGCACGGGUGUCCGGGAAGCGAACGACAUUGUAACUCUAGCCAAAGAGAUACAAUCGGCCGACGUAGCGGUAACGAAUAAUGCGUGCGCUAAGUUGGUUAUGAUUGCGGAACAGGUUCGCUUCCUGCAGCAGCAAGCGAAAAAAAUCCUGGAAGAAACGCAAGCAGCGCAGGAGUUGCACCAUGCCGCUUGUAAUUUUCGUAAGAUUCCCGGUCACAUAUACCACCUGUAUAAACGGCCAUCUGGUCAAAUGUACUUCAGCAUGCUGUCACCGAACGACUGGGGUCCGAAAGGAUGCGAACAUCUGUACCAGGGUAGUUAUAAGCUGGAGUAUGAUCAAACGUGGACACCUGCGGAGAAAAUCGAACAAGUGCAGGAAAACAUACGAUGGGCACAUCGAGUGCUAGACACGGGAUUAAAAUCCAAUCGGAACGAUUUUCUAUCGAUUGAUGAUGUACCGGCAGAUGAUAAGCAAGAGGAAUCUUAGAACCUACUCCGAGA